AUUUCCAUGAGAAAUAACUGAACUUUGAAAUGGGAUUGGGAUUGGGAUUGGGAUUGGGAUUUCGAGCUUUGUUGAUUAUGGUGUGGCCUUACGUUCAUCCAGAUAGAGACUUCCCACCAUCCUGACGAACACGAACACUGCGUCUCUUCCAAACUUCGUUUUUCUUUGAUCGAUCUUGCUUAAUUUCGUCGUUGUUUCGAAUCUGUCAAAUGAAUUUCUUCAGAUCGGUGUUUUCCGACCAUCCCGAUCCUUCGACAGUGUCCGAAUCUGAACCUCAAUCGCCUGAAAAGUCCUUGUUGAAAGAAGGAGAAGGAACAUCGGAUUCGAGUCCCCAUCCGAAGUUAAGUCCUGUCGCGGCUGCCGAAGCUUGGAGUUUCGGUGGUCUGAUCCAGACUUUGAGCGCUAAAUCGGAAUCGGUUAUCGAUACCUACCGGCGCGAUCUCCAGGAAUUUGGUUCGGGAUUGAAGAAGGAAAUUGAGGUCGCUCAAGGAUCGCUGGAGACGGUAGGGCACGCCUUCGAUGAAUUCGGUAGCUCCGUUUUGAAAGGUACGGCUCAGAUUAUCGCGCAAGGUAAGGACGCGAUCCUCGCUAUAGAUCAGGAAUCUGAUUCUGAUAAUGGUAGUAACCAAAAUAUGAGUAAUCAAAGAAGCCCGUGUUCCAAGCCCUACAGUAGGUUCGAUUCUCAGGUUCGUUUGCUUCAAGGCGAUACGGCCACUUACUGUGAGGAACCUGAAGAUGUUGGUGAUUAUGAUCAGUGGAGAUCGCAAUUUGUGCUGAAUGAUCGGAGUGAAGAAAUUGAAAACUUGAUGGAAGAAAAUGGUGGAAUAGAUAAUAUACACAAGAAGGUUGUUCCUAAUGUUGUUGAUGAUGAAACUUUCUGGUGUAGGUAUUUUUAUAAAGCGCAUAAGCUUAAGCAAGCUGAGGAUGUUAGGGCAAAUCUUGUGAAGAGAGCUAUUGCAAGGGAAGAAGAGGAGGAUUUGAGUUGGGAUGUGGAUGACGACGACGACGGUGAGGGAUACAAUGAGAUCAAUGUCGGGUCGAAAGGGGAUUCGGUGAAGAAUGAGGUGAGUAAUGAAGUUUGGGGUAAAGCUACAAAGAGCGAAGAACGCAACGUCGAUGAGGAAGUGAAAGAGGAGCAUGCUGCCAAUACUGAAGUUGUGAAGAAGGAAGUUCCUGUUGAUGAAUUGAACGGAGGAAGCUCUGUUGACGACGACGACGACGGGAAGGGGGAGAAGAGUUCUCACAAAGUCCAUUUGGAAGGUGGCUCUGGGCUGAAUAACAAAGAUCAAGGAUUGAAAUCAGACAUGAAGGUGGCAGUAGAGGCCAAGUCUGAACAUGGCGAAUCUUCGAAAGACAGUGAUGUUUCAAUUGUUUCGACACAGCCUUCUAUGCCCGAGGACGAAGAUCUCGGGUGGGAUGAGAUUGAGGAUCUGAGCAUUAUUGAGGAAAAGAAAGUAGCAACUCAGGGUGGGAUAGCAAAUCGAGAGGAAAUGCGAAAACGGCUGAGUACUGCUGAAGACGACGAAGAUUUGGACUGGGGUACCGAUACCGAAUGACGAAACUCCUGAAACUCCUAAAGCUCGGUAGAUCAAAUCUAUGAAAGGUUAUUAAACUGAUUUCCUAUGUUAUAUUUCAUUUUUUUCAAAGUGUUAUACUUUUAUCUGUUGAAUGCAAUGCCCUGUGAUGGUAUGUCUUAAACUAUCUUGGAAGGAA